AUGGGGGCACAGAACUCGAGCCACCUGGGGGAGAGACAUUGCCAGUACCUGAGAGGACGGACAGGUGCUUUCCUGAAUUCCUUCAUGCCACAUUACCAAAGACAACUCGCUAUGGCCCUCCUGAGGCAAAUCUCAAGAGAGCUGACACCCCAAGGACAGAUGGGAUUCCAGCUAUUGAAGAGUGAAAAGCCUCCCCCAGCUGUGAUGCAUGAGGGGAUCCUGACUCACUUGCAAGGGAACUCCCCGAAGUGGAAGGAGAGUUACUGUGUGCUACGUGGAGACUCCUCUCUAGAGUGGUUUGGCAGUAAAGAGGAGCAGAGAUGUGGUGAUGAGCCACAGGGGUCUGUUGCUUUGACUGGUUACACACUAGUGGCCUCAUGGAGGGAAUGUCUCUAUCAGAGCUCAACAGGGAGCCAUUCCAUUCAGGAUCCAGAUCCAAUCACUGAGCCCCCUCUGGGAUUUCCCAUCUAUCUCAGCCACCCUUUCCGACAGCCUCUCUGCUUGUGCACGGACACGGUAGAAUCCCAGGGCAGCUGGAAAUCUAUCCUGAGAUAUGGGAUUCGGCUCCGGGGGACAGUUUUACAGAGAAGAAAAUCCCCCGAUGUGGAAGCAUUUCUGGAUGCAGUGAAGUCUUUCAGGCAGGAGAAAGGCAUUUAUGGAGUCGACAACCUUCUUUUGGGCACAGACGCAGAGAUCCUCACCAAUCUGCUGAUGCGGGAUCUGUUGCCAAAGCUUCGGGCCCAGAAGCCAGCCAUGCUCAGGGGUAUGGAAAGCCGGAGGAAAUGGGCCUGGAGGAAGUUCUUGGAUGAAGUCUAUGUUCUGGUAUUAAAGCUGGUCUCCUCUGAGCUCCAAAUUUUUCAUCAAGAAAAAGAAGAACGGCAGAAAGAGUUGGAGAAGAAAAUUCGUCCUGAGGCGGAUCAGAUGCUUGCAUUAAGCAAUCAGAUUGCUCAAAGACUUCAAAAAAUGGUGUGUGGCCCUGCUGAGUCCUCCCUCUGCCAGGAAGUGGAGCCUCAGCUGACCUGGGUGAUGGAGGAGCUUCUGGGCCCUGUUCACCAAGGGUUUGGCAUGAUUGGCAUGGUCCUUGUCCACCGAAUGGACGGUCUGCUCAGAAACGUGCAGAGAAGCCGGGUCGUGGCUGUGCUGAAAGAGGAGGAGGAGGCAGGUAGCAUUCUUCAUCGUGAACCCUCUGGAAUCAGGGUUUGCUCCCUGGGAGAUAUGCCCUGGGACUUAGAGCUGAUGCAGCCAUGCUACCAGAAGGCAGAGCUCUAUUGGGACAGUCUUCAGGGUUUGAAGGAAAGAUUUGGUUUUCGCGGCACUAAAAACCUUGUCUUCAGCGCUCAGGAUCUCAUGCAACAGGUGAUGGAGAAUGCCGUGUACACCUUCCAACAGCUUUCAGAGCAACAUGUGUCCUCAGCCACUCGCCGAAGAAAAGUUAUCUGCAUGCUGGAGAAGGUUAAGGGUCGUGUGUUAAAAAAAUUCGAGUCGGACAGCAGACUUGCUCAGGGGCGUUUCGUUCAAGAAUGGCUCAUCCAGAUUUUCCUUCCCUACCUGCUGAGAAGGCUGGAGUUGGGCUGCAGACUGGAGUUGCACAAGUAUGAGAAGUAUGUGUUUGCAGACUACAGUCACAUCAUCACCAUUGAGAACAUCUAUGAAGAUGUAGUCCUGAGCUUCCUAAACCAGAAGGUGAAUCCAGGAAUGGAUACAGCGGCUGAACUAAGGGGCUUGCAACCUGGGGAGAAGAAGGAGGGGACUGCAGAGACCUGCACCCAUGCUACACUUUCCACGUGGAAUCUAGAAACCAUUCAUUCUACCCUGCAGUGGGACCCAGACCGCUGCCAAGAUCUCCUCCAGAAUUCCCAUUGUGAAGGGGAUCAGGAAGAAACAGGGAGAAGGAGUAGGGAUUCCUGCUCUACUCAUUGGCCACCUGAAUUGCUAGACAAGGACCCAGAUGAGACCGAAAGAAGUGUCCUUUUGGAGGGGUUGACUAUAGCCAUGGACAUGGAUGUCUUCCAAACAGAUCUGCUGGAAAUGGGCAUGAAAGGGAAAGGCAGCCUCACCGAAUGGAGCCACCCCACAGAGUUUCUGAAAUCCCCAUGCACAGAACGAGAGCUGACAGGGAGUGGCAGCCAGGCAGGUGACACGGAGGAUGGAAUAUACUCCAAUGUCGCUGUGAAGACUUUGCCUGGAGGACUAGGGAAAGGCAGAACGGUGGUCGUAGAAAUACCGGAAGGGGAGAUAUCAUACCUGAAGACAAUGAUCAUGGUCCCCCUAAGAUUCAUCUCCAGCCUAAAUGUUCUCAGUGCCUUUGACGAACCCUCCCAUGGUGUGGAUGUUAGUUCCUUUGCCUUCCUGGCUCCCCGCUCUGUACUUGGCAGUACAUGA